AUGUGGAAUUCAUUUAAAGCACUAUGUAGUGAUAAUAAAAAAAAAAAUAAAUCCAGAUCACCAAUUUAAAAUUAAAGAAAUAAAAAAGAAUCAUAGAUUUUCAAAUAAGAUCAUAAUUAAUAAGUUCAAAAUGCAUAUAAAAUGAUAGAAUAAGGUAUGAAGUACUUUUAGAAUCAAUAAUAUUCAAUGGCUAAAGUUGUUUUGGUUAAUAGUUCUCAGAUAUUAUUACCUGUAGUUAAAUAAAAAAGUAAUUUAUAAUAAAUAAUCAGAGUAAAACUAAGAAGAACAUGCAAGUGAAUACUAAGAACUAAUAAAAGCUAUAAAUACAGCAGAAAUUUGUACUCAAAAAAUUGAUUAACUUUUAUAAAAUAUAGUAAAGAAAUAUGUAUAAAAUAAGGCUUCACAAGAUCCUUAUAGUAAAUAAAUAAUUGAAACAGCUAUGAUCAGGAAAUGUGAUGUUUCAUUUGAUUAGAUUAUAGGAUUAGAAAGCAUAAAAAAUUAAUUAGAUGAAGUUAUAGUAUUACCAAAUUUAAGACCUGAUAUAUUUACAGGAAUUCGUGCACCUCCAAAAGGUAAUAAAAUCUAAAAAAAUUAGGUAUAUUAUUUUAUGGACCCCCUGGAAAUGGUAAGACACUUUUGGCAAAAGCUGUUGCUAAUUAAAUAAAAUGUUGUUUUUUUAAUGUUAGUGCUUCAACAUUAGUUUAAAAACAUCUUGGGGAAGGAGAAAAAUUAAUGAAAACUCUAUUUAAAGUAGCAUUUUAAUUUUAACCAUCUGUAUUAUUAUAAAAUAAUUUAGGUAAUAUUUAUUGAUGAAAUUGAUUCUAUAUUAUCGAGCAGAUCAAGUGAAGAACAUGAAGCUAGUNACUAGAUAAUAUUUUGCUAAUUUUAAAAUUAUUGUAUUUAAUUUUCAGAUACUAACUUUAAUAGAUUAAAGUUAAAUUAAUUUAAAGCUUUUUACUCGAUUCUUUGUUUAAAAAAUUAAUCAUAUAAUUAUAAUUCAAUUAUUCAAUAUAUAAAAUUUUAAUUAAUUUUUUUAUAUAUAUUUUUUUUAUAAAAUAAUUUCCUAAUGUGGAAUUCAUUUAAAGCACUAUGUAGUGAUAAUAAAAAAAAAAAUAAAUCCAGAUCACCAAUUUAAAAUUAAAGAAAUAAAAAAGAAUCAUAGAUUUUCAAAUAAGAUCAUAAUUAAUAAGUUCAAAAUGCAUAUAAAAUGAUAGAAUAAGGUAUGAAGUACUUUUAGAAUCAAUAAUAUUCAAUGGCUAAAGUUGUUUUGGUUAAUAGUUCUCAGAUAUUAUUACCUGUAGUUAAAUAAAAAAGUAAUUUAUAAUAAAUAAUCAGAGUAAAACUAAGAAGAACAUGCAAGUGAAUACUAAGAACUAAUAAAAGCUAUAAAUACAGCAGAAAUUUGUACUCAAAAAAUUGAUUAACUUUUAUAAAAUAUAGUAAAGAAAUAUGUAUAAAAUAAGGCUUCACAAGAUCCUUAUAGUAAAUAAAUAAUUGAAACAGCUAUGAUCAGGAAAUGUGAUGUUUCAUUUGAUUAGAUUAUAGGAUUAGAAAGCAUAAAAAAUUAAUUAGAUGAAGUUAUAGUAUUACCAAAUUUAAGACCUGAUAUAUUUACAGGAAUUCGUGCACCUCCAAAAGGUAAUAAAAUCUAAAAAAAUUAGGUAUAUUAUUUUAUGGACCCCCUGGAAAUGGUAAGACACUUUUGGCAAAAGCUGUUGCUAAUUAAAUAAAAUGUUGUUUUUUUAAUGUUAGUGCUUCAACAUUAGUUUAAAAACAUCUUGGGGAAGGAGAAAAAUUAAUGAAAACUCUAUUUAAAGUAGCAUUUUAAUUUUAACCAUCUGUAUUAUUAUAAAAUAAUUUAGGUAAUAUUUAUUGAUGAAAUUGAUUCUAUAUUAUCGAGCAGAUCAAGUGAAGAACAUGAAGCUAGUCGUAGACUAAAAACAGAAUUCUUAGUUUCAUUUGAUGGAAUGUAAACUACCGAUUAAGAUCGAAUAUUUUUAAUCGGAGCUACAAACAGACCUUAAGAUAUUGAUGGAGCUGUCUUAAGAAGAUUUGUAUAGAAUAUAAAUUAAAUUAGACUGUUAAAAUAUUAAUUGAUCAGCCUGAUUAAAAAGCUAGAUUGGCUUUAGUUAAAUAACUUAUGUCUAAUGUAAAUUGUUCUAUUUUAGACCCAAGUUUUAAUAAAAUAUGUGAAAAAUUGGCUGGUAUCUUUAUUUAUUAAUAAUAAUUAGGUUAUUCUGCAAGUGACAUUAAAGCUGUAGUAAAGGAAGCUUGUAUGUAACCUUUAAGAGAAGAUAAAAGUACUAUAGUUGCUAUAUCUGCUUAAAAUAUCAGGCCUGUUAGAAAAGAAGAUUUUGAAUUUGCUAUCAAUAAAGUUAAACCUUCACUAACUUAAAAGCAAUAUUAAGAAUAUAUUAGUUUUAGUCAAUCUUGA